UUCUGCUACUGCUUCCAUAAUAACCAACUCUCUCUGUGUUUCCAAAAGAAAAAGAAAGAAAGAGACGAAAUGAUGAGCCGUCUUGCACCAUUAUCAGAAGAACCCAUAAACGAAGAAGAUGACAAGAGCAACAAUUCUUCAAAGAAAGUACAGUCAUGGAAGAACUGGCUCAAGACCCAUUUCUCUCUUGUCUUCAACAAAAAAUCUGACCUCAAGAUCCUCUUAAGUGUUCUUGGUUGCCCUCUUUUUCCUGUUUCUGUCCAUCCCAAGCUCCCCAUUAAUGAGGUAUCCUCCUCAGCUCAAUACAUUAUACAGCACUUCACCGCCGCAACCGGUUGCCGGAAAUUGGAAGGGACGGUGAAGAAUAUGUUUGCUACCGGAAAAGUAGCAAUGGCUAUGGUGGAUGAGCUAGGCGGCUCAUCCGGCUUGGCGGCUGGAGCAACCACGGGUGAUACACAAAAGGGGUGCUUUGUGAUGUGGCAAAUGGUCCCUAAUAAGUGGCUAAUCGAGUUAGUUGUGAGUGGUCAUAAAGUUGUAGCCGGUAGUGAUGGCAAUGUGGCUUGGCGUCAUACACCGUGGCUCGCUGCUCACGCUGCUAAAGGCGGCAUCCGGCCUCUCCGCCGUGCUCUUCAGGGACUAGAUCCAAUGGCAAUAUCAGCAGUAUUUUCUCCAGCACAAUACAUGGGAGAAAAAUGUAUAUCAGGAAUUGAUUGUUUUGUACUGAAACUAUCUGCUGAGCUAUCAGAUUUAGCUGAUAGAAGCGAUAGCUCCGCAGAAAUGAUCAAACAUGUACUAUUUGGUUACUUCAGCCAGAGAAAUGGCUUGUUGGUUUAUCUAGAGGACUCAUACUUAACAAGAAUUCAGUCUCCCGGAACUUAUCCGACGUACUGGGAGACCACCAUUGCAACGAAAAUUGAAGAUUACCGGACGGUAGAGGGCGUGAUGAUCGCCCAUGGUGGUCAGUCUAGUGUGAUCAUAACAAGAUUUGGAGAUAAUUUGAAAGCAGGCCUUUCGAUUACUCGGAUGGAAGAGACAUGGACAAUCGAUGAUUUUGCAUUUAAUGUUGCAGGUUUGUCUAUGGAUUGUUUCAUUCCUCCUAAAGAAGUACAAAAAGAUUGUUCUGAGGAGAAGCUUGAUUGGAGAUCAUGAUUAUAGUUUUUAGAUGGUCGACUUUAUACACUCGAGCUAAGUGUUCUAUAUAUAUACAAAUAUAGUUUGUCGAUUUCAAUCGAGAUUAAAUCAAUUGUACUUAUUAGUCUGAUCUGACUACAAGUGCAUAUUUGAUUUGGACAAAAACUUCCAAUCCGAUAAACGGUCGAUUAUGAAUUUGUGUACAUAGAGAAAUUAAGGCAAAUAUGUAACAUAGUACUUUUGAGUUCUGUUUGGUUUCUUUGCAGAAGACUCGAUGUAUGAAAAUGUAUUUGGGUAAUGACUAUUUUUGGCUUUCUAGCUAGUAUCAAAUAUAUGGAUUAGGAGAUGUAAACUUUUCUCAAAA